AUAUAUAAAUAUAAAUAUAAAUCACACACACACACACACACACACACACACAAACAUAACACAUUAUCUUUUGACCUAAUAAUAUAAAUACUAUUAAAAAUACCACAUAUAUAGUCUAAAUCACUGAAAAUAUACUUUGUAAGUAACCUCACAAUGCAUGCCUUUAGUUUUUCACUUGGCUUUUUGCUCUCACAACAAGCAAUGGGCCUCUGGGCAGCUUUCAUACAAAGUACUCUCUUUUACUCUUUCUUUGCCUUCUGAAAACUCAAAUCCAUUUUAGUUCUGUGAAUUUUUUUGACCUCAUGAUGUAAUAUAAGUUCAGCUUUUGCAGGGCAUUAAUUUAACAUUUUAAUCGUAGUCAAUUUGUUAGUAAUGUCAUGCAGAAAUCUGUACCAGCAUAACAUGCAUCAUAGCACCCAUCAGUCUUCAUUCUUCCUUCCAACAGUGUUUGUUACACCAGACUGCAACAACUACACCAAUUCCGAGUGAAUUCAACCAAUCUCGUAGAGGAUUCAUCAUGAUUAAUUUGGCUUAGACCAGUGGAUGUUCCUCCAAAGAUCUGCUCAGGAACUGUUACAACAGAGUUUGGAGGACAAUGCAGUCCAGAAUGAACGUUAUAAUUUCCUCAGGUCUCUUGAUGACUCUUCUGUGCUUCUGUGGAACAUCUACAAGUUGUCCAUCAGGCUGUUCCUGCAACGUGAACCGCACAGACUGCAGUGACCUUAACCAGCUGGCUUCCUUAGACUCCAUCCUGAACCAGCUUCCCUUUGACACAAGCUACCUCAACCUCUCAAAUAACAACUUCACCACUGUGGAACCUGGGAGUUUUUCCAAUUUUAGCAUCCUGCUACAUCUAGACCUCUCCAGAAACCUUCUCUCCACCAUCAACCCUGGGUGUUUAUCCAACCUCAGCAGUUUGCUUCAUCUAGACCUUUCCAGAAACCUUCUCUCCAGUCUUUCUCCUUCAAGCUUCUCCCACUUGAAUAACCUGGAGGUCCUGGAUCUCUCCGAAAACCUCCUUGCGAGGCUCCCCGUUAAUUUGUUCUCUGGCCUCGGCAGCCUAAGAGAACUGGUGCUAAGAGACGACAGGCUUAAGGAACUGAAUCCAGAUCAGUUCAAAGGCCUGACUGAGCUAAGGCGUCUAGAUCUUUCCUUUAACAGUCUCAGUUCUGUGCCCACACACCUAUUGGAUGGGCUCCAGAACCUAGUGUGGCUCUCGCUUAUGGGUAACAAGCUGCGAACUCUGCAGCAGACUUCACUUGAGCCAGCGACCGCUCUACAGCACCUUCUGCUGGAGGGAAACCCAUGGAAUUGCAACUGCAAUUUAAUUUCACUCAAGCAUUGGCUGGAAUGGAUUACAUAUACAGGUGGCAGUGUAGAUUCCGCCAACUGCUCCUUGCCUGCUAAUUUGCAUGGUAAGGAUCUUCGCACUAUCCCUAUGGAGAUGUUCAGACACUGUUACCCCCUCUAUCUCGAGACCAGGAACCCAUCUGCUGCCGAUGGCCAUCAAGUACCACCCGGGUCGGCAGGUGACUGCAUGCGUCAGCGCUACCGGACUGUGAGUGUGCGCCGAGCGACUGCCACGGUGGUGGUAGCUGGGGUGGUGUGUGGCGUGGUGUGUGUGAUGAUGGUGGUAACGGCCACCUAUGGCUGCAUCUAUGCAAUGCUGAUGGCUCACGAACAGCAGCAGCUGAUAGAGGGAAACAGCCAGCAACAACAGCCGCUGAUGGUGGCAAAGGAACCAGAGCAGGAUGAAAAGGAGGAUCUGAUGCCGACUAUCGGAAAGGGAGCAGAGGCCAAAGAGUGUGUAGGGUGGAUGGCAUUUCCUCCAGAAGUGUGUGUUUAAAGCAUAUGAGGAACCUACAGUUUAUCAUUGAUGUACAUAGAUUUAUAAAUGUUUGUUUGGGAGCGACAGUUAGAGAGCAAAUUAUCCAGUGUAGUUCAGGAGCAAUUACAGAUUUUACAAACUGGUUCAAAAAGACUCAAAAAGAUUUAAAAAAAUGUAAUAGUCAAAGAUGAGUAGUAACUGAUUACAUGUAAUCUGGAUUACAUAAUCAGAUUCCAAAAAUUAAGUACUUGUAAUUAGAUUGUUAAAUUUUUUAAAAUUCUCAUAAUUAGACUACAGUCAUUUUUUUAUUGAUUACUUGAUUACAUAUUAUUCACAAAAUAGCAAUUAAUUACAGUGCCUUGCAAAAGUACUCAUUUUGUUAUGUUGCAGCUUUAUAUUAAACUGCUUUAAAUCACUUUCCACAUCAAUCUACACUCCAUACACCAUAAUGACAAAGCACAAAACAGGUUUAUAACAAAUUUAUUAGAAAUAAAGAACUGAAAUUAUUCCAUUGCAUAAGUAUUCAGUAUUCUGGGACACUUAAAAUUAAGCUCAGGAGCACUCAAAUUGCUUGUAGAUGUUACUGCACUUCGAGUAGAGUUAACCUGUGGCAAAUUCAUUUGAAUGAGUAUGAUUUGGAAAGGUGCACACCUCUCAGAAAAGGUCUAACAGCUGAAAAUGCACAUCAGAGCAAAAACAAAGCCCUGAGGUCAUAUUAACUGCCUGUAGAGCUCAGAAACAGUUUGCGUCAAGGCACAGAUCUAGGGAAGAGUUCAGAAAAAAAAUUCUGCUGCACUGAAGGUUCACAAAAACAUGUAGCCUCCAUUAUCCAUAUGAAAGAUGCCUGGAACAACUAGGACUCUUCCUAGAGCUGGCCUCCUGGCCAAACUGAGCAACUGAUGGAGAAGAGCUUUGGUCAGACUGGUGAUCAAGAAGCUGAUGGUCACUCUAGUUGAGCUCCAUGAUCAUAUAUGCAAAUGGAAGAAACUUACAGAAGGACAAACAUCACUGCAACACUCCACCAAUCUGGGCUUUAUGGCAGUGUGGGCAAACUCAAUCAUCUCCUCAGUGAAGACACAUGAAAACACACUUGGAUUUUGCAAAAAAAGCACCCAAUGGACCCUCAGACUGUGAGAAACAAGAUUCUCUGGUCUGACGAAGCUCAAUUCCAAGCUUCAUGUUUGAAAGGGAACCGAGCACUGCUCAUCACUUGCGAUGUAGCAUCCCAAAAGUAAAGUAUGGAGGUAGCAGCCUCAUGCUGUGGGGCUGUUUUUCACUGGCAGGGACUGAGGGACUUGUCAGCGUAGAAGAAAUGCUCAAUGCACCAAAAUAUUGAGAUAGCCUUCAUAAAAACCCAGUCCAGGGCAUUCAGAUACCUCAGACUGGGCAGAAGGUUCACCUUCCAACAGGACAGUGACCCUAAGUACACAGCAAGAGUGGCUUACAGACAAUUCUGUGAAUGUCCUUGAGUGGCCCAGCCAGAGCCUAGGCUUGAACCCAAUCAAAUAUUUCUGAAGAACCCUGAAAAUGCCUGCCAGCCCCCAUAAUUGCCAAAUGCAAGAUGUGCAGAGCUUGUCGCAUCAUACCCAAAAUGACUUAAGGCUGUAAAGGUGUUUUAGUUAAGUACAAAGUUAGGGGUGUGAAUACUUAUGCAAUGCUCAUAUUUCAGUGUUUUAUUUUUAAUCAAUUUGCAAAGUUGUCACAAAUCUGUUUUUUGCUUUGUCAUUAUGGUGUAUGGCGUGUAAAUUGAUGUGGAAAAAAUUAAUUUAAAGCAGUUAAACAUAAGGCUGCAAUAUAACAUAAAACAUGAAAAAAAAAAUGAGGGGUAUGAAUACUUUUGCAAGGUACUUUUUCUAAUUUAUUGAUUCUCCCUAGUUCCUUUUUUUUUUAUCUUUUAAAUGUUUCUUUCUUAAACAGCCUACUUCUUUUAUACACUCAGAAAGACCAGUCACUAGUCAGAUGGCUACAACAGUAGUCUAAAAGUAAUGUAAAAGUAGUCCGGACUACAAUUUGCAAAUAAUCUACCCAGCUCUGUCUCUAGUUUUUAAGUAGAUUUAUGGAACAUAACAAGAAAAUACUAAUCAGGAUUUCAUAUAAUCUUCUAUUAUUUACUAUGAAUUCUCCUAACAAACUUUGUGUUUGAUUUCUUAUAGCUGCAAUCAAUCAGUUGUUCAUUAGCAUAUUAGACAGUAUAUUUUUCUAAAAUUGAGAAACAAAAUAACAUUUUAAAUGUAUAUCUAUGUUUAAUAUGUGUGUCUACAUUAGAGAUGCAGCAGUAUUAACAUUCUGUUUGAUAAUUAUGAUAAAUAAGUUAUUAUUUUCAUGUUAUUAAAAUUCUAUUAUUUAAAAGACAAUAAAAUGCAAAAAAAAUAACAAUUUAAAAUUUAACAAGGCAUUAUAGUGCACAAUGUGAAAAAUGGAUAUUCUUUUUCAGAUUUGCUAAAGAUCAUAUUUAAAAGUGUUAUUCAGUUAUUAGUGUUUUUAAACAAUUAAAUAUUUAAUAUCAGCCCACAAAAUUCUAAUAUGGUCCCAAACUAAUGCAUCCCACUCCAUUU